AUGCAGUUGGUAUCGGAGCACGCGCUACAGGCGCAGGACUUCAUCAAGAUGCACGCGGAGCUGGAGCAGUGCCUCUCCACCGUCCCCAUCCAAACCCUCCCUGAACCCCUCACCUCCAAGCUCACGGCGAUGCGGCAGCAGCUGCUGAACACGCCCUUCACGGAGUGCGUCACGCCCGCCAUGCGCGCGCAGCUGCAGCUGCUGCUCUCGUCCGCCGCGUCCCCCUCCCCCGCGCUCAAGGACGCGCCCGGCUCCGACGUCCUCGCCUUCCAGCUCGCGGAGGCGCUCGGGCUGGGGCUCUCCGCGGAAGCCGCACACCCGGGCGCACUGCGGCGCGAGCAGGAGGCGCUGGCGCUGGAGAAGCGCAAGGCGCAGGAAGGGCGGGACCUGGCUCAGGCGAAGGUGGUGGAGCAGAUAGUGCUGGUGCUCAUGCGCAUGGAGCGAGAGGUGGCAGCCCGCAGAGAGAAGCAGAAGCGCGCCGCUGAAGCCGCAGCAGGCAGCACUGGUGCUGCUGCUCCCACCGCCUCAGCUGCUCCCGCCCCCUCCUCCAUCUUCGCCCCUCAGCCCAGCCGGUCCCACGCACCAGCAGCAGCACCGGGAAUCAAUCUGCUGGCAGAGAGCUUGACAGAGCUCAGCGUGGGGGGCAGUGACAGACAAGCAGAGGCAGCAGCAGCAGCAACUUCGCAGCAGCAGCAGCAACAGGGGGCAGGGGCAGGGGCAGGAGCAGUGGCAGGGGUGGUGAGACAUCAGGAGGGGCAGGAGGCAGCAAAGAAGGUGGUUGAGCCGAUCAAGGUGGUUCUGCCAGGUGAUAGCGCUGCUGGUGCUGGUGCUGGUGCACGGCGUGACAAGAGCCCACAGCCAGGAGUGGUAGGAGCAGAAGGGGCAGGGGUGGGAGGGGCAGCAGCGAACGGGGCUGGGGGUGUGGCAGCAGGCACAACAGCAGCAGCAGGGGCAGCGGCAGCAGCAGCAGCGGCACGAGCACGGUCACCCACGCCUGCAGCAGCAGGCGCCGCCGCCAGCAGCAGUGCCACCACAGCAGCAACGAGAACUACUGCAGCAGCAGCACCACCAGCAGCCGCUCCAGCUGCAGCACCAGCUGCAUCCCAUGCGUCCAGGCCAGCAGUACCAGCAGCUGCUGCACAAGCAUCAGCAGCGGCAGCCGCGGGUCAAGCCGCACAGGCGACAGGGGAGCAGGGCGUAGCCCAGCAGAUCAUCCGCACGCUGCGUCUCGGUACAGUGGACGAGAAGGCACAGGCAGCGGGGCUCGUGGGCUGGCACACGAAAUUCUCUGCCACCAACCGAGCCAUGUUCCGCUCUGCUGGGGUCAUCGACGCUCUGCUCCCCCUCGCCGCCGCCUCCUCUCCCCAGGAGGCGAAAGCAGCCGACGCUGCAGUGAGAGCCCUGGGGAAUCUGCUGGCAGAUGAGGAUGUGAAGGUGGAGUUGAUUGGGCACCUGCCGCUGCUGGUCCAGGCGCUGAAGCGCGCCCAGCUGCCUGCCACUCGCGCAGGCAUGGCGCGGAUUUUUAAAGCGAUUGCCACGAUAUCGGAUGAGGCGUGUAAGGUGGUGGUGGAUGCGGGUGCGGUGCCGCACUUGGCUAAGUUUGUAGACCCCAGCGCCGCUGCCGCGCCGGCCAACCCGGCCCCGACGGGCGGCGCGGCGGUGGCUGCGGCCGCUGCCGCAGAGGAAUCUUCCAAGCAAUGCGCGGCGGAAACCCUAGCGAUCCUCGCGCAAGUCCCCUCGAAGCGGAGCCGAAUGGUGGCAGAUGGGGCCGUUGGCGCUCUCUCCCUCCUCGUCCUCGCGUCCCCGCCGAACGAAACCCUAAUCGCGGCGGUGACGGCACUGGCAGGGCUGGCGAGCGUGCAUGAGGGGAGGGAGGGCAUGGCGGCGGUGCUGCCGACGCUGGUGAAUCUGCUGAGGGUGGAGGAUGAGGGGGUGAUGGCGCCGACUCUUGACGCGCUGCUGCUGCUGGCCAAGCACAGCGCGGGGUACCGCAGUGGCAUCCGGAAUAAUGGCGGCAUGCGGCAUCUGAGGAAUGUGCUGCGCGUGGGGCCCUCGCCUCUCCACAACAAGGGCAUGGAGCUGCUAGCGGCUCUCUUCUCAUAG